UGACAACUUCCUUUCUACAGCAGAAGGCAGCAUUUAAGACAUGCUUACUGAUCACCCUUCCACAGCACUAGAGCCCCGUGUGCUUCACAUGUCAGUGCACUGUUACUGGUUUCAGCAGACACUAAUGUAUUUUUUCUUUAGGAAAUGGUGGAUCAACACUUCACGUUCUUCGGUGCUUGGAAGAUCUGUAUGGUGACAAAUGGACUUCUUUUAUUGUGCUGCUAAUUCAUUCUGGUGGUUACAGUCAACGUUUACCAAAUGCAAGUGCCCUGGGAAAGAUUUUCACAGCUUUACCUUUUGGCGAUCCCGUUUACCAGAUGUUGGAACUGAAGCUCGCCAUGUACAUUGAUUUCCCCAGUCACAUGAAACCAGGAAUUCUCGUUACGUGUUCCGAUGACAUAGAACUCUACAGCACUGGAGGUACAGAAACUGUCGCAUUUGAUAAACCUGGGUUUACUGCGUUAGCUCAUCCUUCAGAUUUGACAGUUGGGACCACUCACGGAGUGUUUGUUUUAGAUCCGUCCAGUUUUUCAGGAAAAGGAGGACUCGAGUACACAUCUUGCCAUCAUUUCCUGCACAAGCCUGAUAUUGAGACGAUGCGCCAGUGUGGCGCAGUAUGCGUAAGAGGGAAUUGUUCUCAGCUAAGUUCCUCCGGAGACUCCAGUGACUCAGAAAUGGAGUGUGUGUAUACAGACAGUAUAUUUUACAUGGAUCAUAGCAUUGCAAAACAACUACUGACAUUUUAUAAGCAGAUGGGAACUCUUUGCUGUGAAAUAGAUGCAUAUGGUGACUUCCUCCAGGCCCUGGGACCCAGAGCCACUGAAGAUUACACAAAAAAUACGAGUAACGUCACAGAAGAGGAAUCACGGUUAGUAGAAGUACGGCAGAAGCUAUACUCUCUUCUGAAAGGAACUACGCUUCAUGUUAUAGUCUUAAACAACUCCAAGUUCUAUCACAUUGGAACUACUCAAGAGUAUUUGUUUCAUUUUACAUCUGAUAGCAACCUGAAAUUUGAGCUUGACUUACUGUCUGUGGCUUUUAGCAGCUUUUCCGACAAAGCCAAGACCUUGGGUCAAUCGGCAAGUGUCAUUCAAAGCAUCCUCGAGCCUGGAUGUUUUGUAGGACCUGGAUCUGUUAUUGAGUACUCUAGAAUUGGACCUGAAGUCUCAGUAGGGAAGAGCAGCAUCGUUAGUGGAGCGUACAUAAAUUUGAAAGUAGACAUACCUUCAAACUGUUUCCUGAGUUCAUUAAGUAUAAAAAUUAACGAUCAAGUAAAAUACGUAAGUAUGGUGUUUAGUGUAGACGACAACUUGAAAAAGAGCGUGAAACUGUUGUCAGAUAUACAUUCACUUCAGUUCUUUGGAGUCAGCUUACUAGAAUGCUUGGACCUCUGGGGAGUAAAGGUUUCCGACCAGCUCUUCUCCAGUGAGAACACACGUUUGGGGUUGUGGACUGCCAGGAUUUUCCCUGUUUGCUCUACUUUAAGUGAAUCGGUUAGAAUGUCAUUAAAAAUGUUAAAUUCUGUGCAGCACAUGUCGGCUUUUAAAUUGAAUGGCUUUAAGCUCUUGUCUGUUGAAGAAAUGCUCACCUACAAAGAUGUAGGAGACAUGUUGAAGUUUAGGAAGCAAAUUUAUGACGACAUCCAUCUGCAAAGACCAAAAGAGAAGUCUGAUUUGUAG